AUGAUAGAACAUUAUGAGCACAUCAAUCAAAGAUCAUCACGAAGGCGAGUAAAAAGUGCUUUGCACAAAAAAAACGGGCGAAUUCCUGGAAUUCCUCAACCACAACACUGUAGGAAGGACAAUCCGGAAAGACGAAAGUCCUGUGGUCUCACGGAAAGAUCACAGCAAUUCACACGGACGAGAAUUCCGGUGGGCGAGCUAAGGGGGAGGUGUGACGACUUGGUGACGAUUCCACUGAGUAACCGGGCGGAGAAAUGGUUCGUGCUUGGCCCAGAGGACGACUUCGGGGCUCCCGCUCGAACAUUGGGAUGUCUGAUGCUUCCGAAGGUUGGGCAAACACUCUCGGCUUCUCGUAGACAGUCAGAGGCUCCGCUUCCGGUCCGACAGUACUACUGAUUCUCGGUGGUGAAGUUCGUUUCUUUCGAUCCGACUGUUUGAUGAUCCAGCAAACGGCGAAUAUCCCUACAAGGGCGAGAAUAAUCCCCAAAGUGAUCGACAUCCAUUGGAGCCAGACGAGAAUAUUGUCUUUUGCUCUGUGCCGGCACCAGGGUUGGCCUCCUUGGGUCCAUUGCAUCCUCCAAGUGUUGUCAUCCUCAUUUCGGAUCUUCUGACAUUGAAACUCGGUAUCGCCUUUGA